AUGGAGGACGAAGAAUUAAAGGCAAUAAGAGCUGCACGUCUGCAGGAAUUGCGGCAAAAUUCCGGUCACAAUGGAAAUUCCAGCAAUGGACCAUCAGGUAGUAACGGAUCAAAUCAAAAUGAUGCAGCACAAAUGAUGAUGACACAACUUUUGGAACCAGAAGCAAAGGAAAGACUUGCUAGAGUGAAACUGGUAAAGCCAGAACGUGCAGAUGCAGUUAUGAAAUAUCUUAUGCAACUCUAUCAAUCAGGAGCUAUCGAAAGAAAAGUGAAUGAAGAUCAGAUUGUUGACGUUUUAGAGAAAGUUGCCAGUGACGAAAGGAAGCAAAACGACACAGAAAUCGUCUUUGAUAGACGAGAUAAAAGUGGGGAAGGGGAUGUUGAAGAUGAUGAUUUCUUUGAUUAA